AACUGCCGCCAUUGUAAACAUGUAAUGGUUCCCACUUACCGUAUUUGAACGCCAACUGGAAGUCGGGCACCAUGACAGUGUACAUGCUCAGCCAAUGAAAACAUUUGACACAAAAUAAUAUUUCGAUACGUCAUUCGGUUCUCAUUCGGAACAUCGGAAACAAUCAUGGCGAACUGCAUGCAAAAAUAAUGAGACUGGAAUAAUAUUUCUGAGUGAAGCAUAUACAUGCAAUUAACUUACCAGUUUUCUUCCAGCAUCCAAAAUUUGAAGGAAACAAUGCAGUUGAUAUAGCUCUUAUUCAGCUUAAAAAGAAACCGGAAAUGGGGAAAAUGGUACAGAAACUCGGAACGGAAAACAUCGUAACAUCUAACAAAGAAGACAGAGACAUUCACAAAACACCCGGCGCAUGUGUUGUACCUGGAUACGGUUUGACAGAAUGGAACAAGUUCCAGAUGAGAUGGCCUAAAACUUUGAAGAAGUAUAUUCCCGAUAUGAUGAAGCCAUUUGACUGCACUGGUCCCUACUUAAAGAAACUGUUAUUGUGCGCUAGUAAUACCGACCUCACAAGCACGUGUCAGUAUGACGAAGGAAGCCCCUUGUUGUGCAAGAAAGACGGGCUUGUGAAACUCUUUGGACUUACAACGGGAUUAAGCCAUGCUAGAUAUUGUGAUCAAGGGCUGUCAUUAUUCACAAGAGUAUCUACUUACUAUAAAUGGAUCACACGAGUAUCCAAGAAGCUUCAGCGUGAGAAUUCUGAUGUUGUGACAUAAAUACUUUGAUUUAUGGUGCAUAUCGGCUGUUAUCUAGCAAUAAAUAACGACUAUUUUUCGAGUGUCUGUGUUUCGUUUUAAAAUAUCGUUUUCAAUUUGCAAGAUAUAUUACUUAUUUACAUCAGUUAAUAAGGCAGCAUUUAAAAUGCCUCUCAUAACUCUAUUACACACUUUUAACAGCGGUUGUUAAAUAUCA